AACGAAAGUCAUCGGUUUCUUCGUUCCGCAGCGAAUGCAUUGAAUUGCUAUUUCAUCAACUGGUUUACUCGAAGCAUACAUUCCCUCUUGCCAUUGUGUGCUGUAAAGUGUGGAAAGUGAAUCAACUGUAGUCAGUGAAUUACAUCUUCUUCGUUAAAAUGGAUCGUUUGUUGCGACUUGGAGGAGCCAUGCCUGGACUAAGUCAAGCUCCGCCACCAUCGGAUGCUCCGGUUGUGGACACAGCAGAGCAGGUCUAUAUUUCUUCACUCGCCCUGCUGAAGAUGCUUAAACACGGCCGUGCUGGAGUCCCGAUGGAGGUCAUGGGGCUGAUGCUGGGUGAAUUUGUUGAUGACUACACUGUGCAAGUCAUCGAUGUGUUUGCGAUGCCACAGACUGGAACCGGCGUGUCCGUUGAAGCCGUCGAUCCCGUGUUUCAGGCGAAAAUGUUGGACAUGCUAAAGCAAACCGGCCGUCCGGAGAUGGUGGUCGGAUGGUACCACUCGCAUCCGGGAUUCGGUUGCUGGUUAUCCGGUGUUGAUAUCAACACGCAGCAGUCGUUUGAAGCUCUGUCCGAGCGUGCUGUUGCCGUUGUGGUCGAUCCCAUACAGUCGGUCAAAGGAAAGGUGGUCAUCGACGCAUUCCGCCUGAUCAACCAUAACACGCUGGUACUGUGCCAGGAACCACGACAAACGACGUCCAACUUGGGUCACUUGCAAAAGCCCUCGGUGCAAGCGUUAAUUCAUGGUCUCAAUCGUAACUACUACUCCAUUAGUAUUAACUACCGCAAGAACGAGUUGGAACAGAAGAUGCUGCUGAAUCUACACAAAAAGUCGUGGAUGGAUGGGCUAACGUUGGCCAAUUACGAAGAGCACUGCAGCAUCAAUGAAAGCACCAUCAGUGAGAUGCUGGAACUAGCAAAGAAUUACAAUAAGGCUCUUGAGGAUGAGGAAAAAAUGACCCCCGAGCAGUUGGCGAUCAAGAAUGUUGGCAAACAGGAUCCCAAGCGUCAUCUAGAGGAGAAGGUCGACACGCUGAUGUCCAACAACAUCGUCCAGUGCCUUGGCGCAAUGUUGGACACGAUCGUGUUCAAGUAAUUGGGGAACCAAGCACACUACAGCUCACUAAAGCAUACAAUUACGGUUUAUUUUUUCGAUUCAAUAACUUCCUUUCGUUCCAUGUGUUGUGUUUGUCUUUUGCGGGAAAACGCAAAAAGAUCAGAUCUGUGUAUCUGAAGGGAAAAGACUACAUCGGAGAAAUUAAAAUCAUAUUUUAUAGGUACUUA